AACGAGGGCAAGGAAAUGCGGUAUCGCAAAUACAGAAAAUAUAGUUGGAACUCUGACGAUCAAAUCGUUCGAUUAGCUAGAAUGGAAGUUCAAACGGUGAACAAUCACCUAAAUAACUCCCUCAUAUCACCGCCAGCUUUAUCGCAAUCGCAGCAAACUCAAUUGAAUAGCAGCAUCAUUACGCUAAGCCGCAGCAAUAGUCCGGCCAGUUCGAAUUCCGAAAUCGAAAAAGAGCUGCAAGAUUUGGAUUUGAAUAGUUCGCUGAAUAGUGGCAGCGUAAGUUUGGGUGCUGAGCUUAAUUGCAAAUCAAAUGGUUCGCUGAGCGGUGCCUCCGCCACAAGUUCGACCACGGGUCUCACAACGUCGGUGACCACAGCCGCAGCAGCAGCAAUAACGACAUCAUCUACUGAAGCAUUAAUAAAUGGCAAUGGUACCGAUACAACAAAUGCUAGCAAUAGCUCAAUAACUACUACAGGUGCAGUGACAGCAGCAAAUUCAUUGGCACAGGUGAAGAAGCGUAUUUCUAGCAGCCGAACACCUACACGCAAAGCGAGACGAAUAAAAUUCUAUCGCAAUGGCGAUCGAUUCUAUCCGGGUAUUACCAUUCCAGUCUCAAAUGAACGUUAUAGAUCAUUUGAAAGCCUUUUUGAAGACUUAACUCGAUUAUUAGAGGAUAACGUAAAAAUUCCAGGGGCUGUGCGUACAAUUUAUACUAUGUGUGGCAAAAAGAUCUCCUCUUUGGACGAACUAGAGGACGGCCAAAGCUAUGUUUGUUCCUGUAAUAACGAGAAUUUUAAGAAAAUCGAAUACAACACCACUUCACAACCACUGGCCAACUUAACACUCUCCAAUAAGGCAAGCAAUCGCUUGUCAAAGGCCUAUCGUCCAUCGUCACCACUUAAGAAUGGCACGAACUCGUACAAUAGCGGGGGCAGCGGAGUACCUGGGGGUGGCAUGGGCGGUAAUGGCACAAAUACCACAUCUGGCGCCACUAACGGUAGUCCAUUGUUUAAGCUGAGCGAACGCGAAAGCGUCGUACAUCCCCGUAUAGUAACGUUGAUAAGAAAUGGCACCAAGCCACGAACCAUAAUGCGUCUUUUGCUAAAUAAACGCAAUAGCCCCAGCUUUGAUCAUGUACUAACAGCCAUCACGCAAGUUGUACGCCUCGAUACUUAUGUACGUAAAGUAUUUACCCUCUCCGGCUGUCCAGUUGUGCAGCUAGCUGAUUUUUUCGGUCCCGAUGACGUUUUCUUUGCCUAUGGCACAGAGAGGGUCAACAAUCCAGAUGAUUUUAAACUCGAACCCGACGAACACAAAGCCAUACAAGCGAUACGGAAGUCGCUACGUACAGCAGGAACAACAUGCAAGGGUCCCAAACCGAAAAUGCCCGUAAAGAGUAAAAAUCUGAAUAGCGCCAAGCAUCAACAAAAUCACCAGCAAGAGCCAUGUGAUCAGAUUGUCGACGAAGAUUUGACAGCGUUAAAUGAGAGCGGUAUAGAUGCAAACGAAUUGCCUGGAGUUAUACGUGAACGUUACGCAUUGGGACAGAUUAUAGGUGAUGGUAAUUUUGCCGUUGUACUGAAGAUCAAAGAUCGACAGAGUGGCUUGCCAUAUGCGCUGAAAAUUAUCGAUAAAAGUAAAUGUAAAGGCAAAGAGCACUAUAUUGAUGCCGAAGUGCGUGUGAUGAAGAAGUUACAACAUCCACACAUUAUUUCAUUAAUCAUAGAUGUCGAUCAGAUGUCAAAUAUGUAUUUGGUGCUGGAGUACGUAAGUGGUGGUGAUCUUUUCGAUGCUAUAACACGCGUAACACGAUUUUCCGAAAAUCAAUCACGAGUGAUGAUCAAGCAUUUGGCCUCAGCAAUGGCCUAUUUACAUUCCAUGAGCAUUGUGCAUCGUGACAUCAAACCUGAAAACCUAUUGGUUGAGUUAGACGCUAAUGGCUGUGUAACCGAGCUAAAACUGGCUGAUUUUGGUUUGGCCUGUGAAGUGACUGAACCAUUGUACGCCGUUUGUGGUACGCCAACUUAUGUUGCACCAGAGAUACUAAUGGAAACAGGCUACGGUUUGAAGAUCGAUGUCUGGGCAGCUGGUAUUAUAUUAUACAUCCUACUUUGCGGUUUUCCACCUUUCGUUUCACCCGACAAUCAACAAGAACCUCUAUUUGAUGCCAUUAUAUCUGGAGUCUAUGAAUUUCCGGAGCCCUAUUGGUCAGAUAUCGGAGAUGGUGUACGUGACCUAAUUGCGAACAUGCUGCAAUCGGAUCCGGAAGUGCGUUUCACCAGCGAGGACAUCCUUGAUCACUACUGGACUCUGGGCGAAAGUAAUGAAUACAGCAGUUGAAUUUGUCGCCUAAAUGUGGUAGAAAAAGGGAGGGGAGACGUAAACAACAAAAACAACAAGUUUUGCAUUAUAGGACUAAAACUAGAAUAGUUGGCAGUACUUGUGUUUUUGUCCACGUAAACACUUUGCUUUAGUUUUAGUACCGUGUAUUUAAUUGCUUAUAAACAUUAGGGAUAUACAUAUAACAUGAUAACCUGGCUAUGAACGUGAUAAAAUUAUAGAAUUGUAUGGAAUUUAUAAUUUUAUCAAGUUUAUCGGCAGUUUAUCUCGUUAUAUGAAUACCCGUAUUAUAAUUUAUGAAGAUUUAUUAUAUGGGAAAAAUUCAAGCUACAUACAUACGGCAAUGGAAUAACGUUAAAAACAAGAAUAAAUACGAAAUUACUGAUAAUUUUUGUAAGCACUGAAAAUGUUAUUGCGAAAUUUUUUAAUUAACAACGACUUAACUAAAUGCGUGCAUAUUAAAAACACAAACUUUCAUACACAUAUGCAUAUAGUAUGUAUGUAUGCUAAGUAUUUUAUUAGACUAUAGUAUUUAUAAUUUAGUGCUUCUUUAUGCGAAAACCUUCGAAAUUUAAACAGCUAAAGAAAUUCUGACAAAAUAGAUCACAGCACUUUUAGAACGACGAAAAUAUGAGUCAGAAGAAAUUUCACACCUC